UGCUCGUUUGGACAGUUGAAGGCGUUCAACCUAGUUGUUGACUCGAACGGUGUUUCAAAGGGUUUUGCGUUUGCUGAGUAUUUGGACACAACUCUCACUGAUCAGGCUAUCGCUGGAUUAAACGGAAUGCAACUUGGAGACAAACAGCUUGUUGUACAAUUAGCAUGUGCUAAUGCGCGUAACUCUCAGCCUAUGCCACACUCUGCUACUUCGAUCGCUGGCAUUGAUCUUUCGCAAGGAGCUGGUAUGCCAACAGAGGUGUUAUGUCUGAUGAAUAUGGUGGUUGAAGAAGAGCUGAAGGAUGAUGAGGAAUACGAAGAUAUCCUGGAGGAUAUUCGUGAAGAAUGCUCUAAGUAUGGUAUCGUACGAUCCCUCGAAGUCCCUAGACCUAUAGCUGGUGUUGAAGUAUCUGGAAUUGGGAAGGUCUUUGUCGAAUUUGCUACAUGCGCGGAUUGCCAGAAGGCCCAGGCAGCGCUUACUGGUCGGAAGUUCGCUAAUCGAACUGUUGUGACAUCCUAUUACGACGUAGACAGAUACCAUCAAAGACAAUUUUGA